CCACCACCUACCACAAUAGAAUGCUGAAAAGUCGCCUUUAGGAUAUCACCGCUUCUCUUUUAAGACCAUCGUGUCUACUUCCAUUCCGAGGUCUCUGCCCAGUCACCCAGAAUCUGCAUUCAUUACAAGUCUAGAAUUUACGGUUGUCAAUUCAGAGCCCUUUCGAUGCGAUCCUUUUUCAAUAAGCCAUCUUGGGCAAGCAGGGGAGAGGAAACUCAGGACCUCAAGUUUUAUCAACAUGCUAGUCAAGUGUACAAUGAUAUAAUUUCCACGAAUCAACAUGCGCGACGUGCCAACCAAAUUCAAGAAACUGAAAUCAAACGGCGACGUACUCCCAUUGAGAAUCAUGGUGGUGACACAUUACCGCUGGGGACCUGCAAAAUCUCUGACGAAUCUCUCAGUCAUCAACUGCCAUCCAAUGGCAACACUUUCAAUCGCAGAUCUGUACAUGGAAGCGAAGAUCAGCUCAGCAGCCAAGCUCCAGAUGCUUUAUCGCACGGACCAGGAGCUGAGCCCUACUAAACCCCACUUGACACCCAGCAAGAAGCUUACAUCGUCCAAAGAUACGAUAGUCCAGAUCCUCAUCACCUCGAAAAUCAGUAACACCAAGCCGCUCAUAGUUCGCCGAAAAAUGCAUCAGCCACUGAAAGAUGUGCGCCUUGCAUGGUUAAAUCGUCAAGACCUACCGAAGGGGCUCGAGUCUUCUAUCUUCCUGACUUGGAAAGGGAAACGCCUUUUCGAUGUCACCACAUGUCGCAGUCUGGGAAUUGGACCCAAGUGUCGCCAUGCGCAUGGGCCUGUUGCCUGUGAUUCAUUACGAAGUGACAGCUCUGACCUGCAAAUUCACAUGGAAGCCGCUACUGAUAAUCCUCUUGAUCCCGACAACAGUCGGUCGUUGUCUUCUGCCAAGCUAGCGCCAGGUGUAAACUUGGACAGCGGCGAGCUAUCUCUGAAAAAUAUCGUUUUAAAGGCCCCGGGGCUAGAUGAUCUUAGAUUGAGGGUGAGUCUUCAAAUGCAGGUCUCGCAGCUGAUUCGCCUAUUCCGUGAUGCGAGACAGAUUUCGCUGGAGCAUGAGGUUUACCUUGUAUUUGAUGGUGAACGCUUAGACCUUGGAUGUGCUCUUGAAGAUUAUGAUCUUGCAAAUGAUGAUCUCCUGGAUGUAAUAGUCAAGUAA